UUGAAAAACUUUGUUUUAUUUUGAUAACAAUUUGUCAUACAUUUUAUGGUCAAUUACUGAAAAAUGAUUUGGAAAACAAUUUAAUUUGUGGACUUUCUAAGAAACAAAUACAUGAAGCAAUGUCUUAUACUAAUAAUAAAUAUAAAAUCAAAGGUAUCGUUAAAAAUUUAGAGUGCUUGGAAGAACGAAACUUCACUAACGACCAAUGCUUGGCAGAACAGUAUAAAUUGAUUGAAUGUCUUCAAAAAGAAUACUUUUUGGCCAAAGAACAAGGGAAUGAGGUUACUGAAGCUAAUUUAGCAAAUAAAGACAAAAAACUUCAAGAUAUGAUUAAGAAACAUAACUUACAACAUAUUAUUGAUGAAAAUGAAGCAUUGGAUAUCAUGGCUAUAGACUAUGAAGAAACAAUCGUACAACAUUUGCAAUCUAUUGACAAUUUGAUGAAAAAAACAAUUUGUGUUGACGAUAUAAAUAAAGCGUUGACUAACACAAAAGUUGAACUGACUGCAGUGCUACGGCAGCAGAUAUUGAAAAAUAACACUGAUAAAAUAGGUAGACUUGGCAUAUAUUAUAAUUAAUAUUACCUUUAUUAAUAUUAGGUAAGUUCACAUGUGCCUAUUAGUUAGAUAAUACUUGGAUAAUGAUAUGAAUUCAACACAAAGAAAAAUUAAAUUAAAUAAUUGCUUAUUAUA